AUGAUAAUCCAAAUUAUGUCCAACCAGAACCGUUACAACAAAUUAACUUUGAUGACAAAAAUGAAGAUAUCACAAUUGGAAUAUUUAUUAGAGACCCAAAUUAGAGAUCCGGAAUUAGUUAAAAAUUGUUUAACAUCCAUCAGAUCAACUAUCUUUGAAUGGUCAAGAAAUAUUCAGAGAAAAAUAAAAUUAUUAGUUGGGGGUUCUUAUAUGUUUGGAAUUGAUACUAUCGAUGCAGAUGUAGAUUUAAUGAUUGUUUUAAAUGAAAAUGAUUUUGAAGGAAUGGUGAAAUUUAUUGGAGCAGAAAAAUCCAUUUGUAAGGAUAAAAAAUGCCCUGAUCAAUCUUUAUAUUGCUUAUUAUGCAAGGUAGUAUAUUUAAAAAUAUUAAGUGAGGACUGA